AUGAAUUAUUACUGUGCUCACCAAGCAGCCGGAUCAUGGAUCCAGCCAUCUUCUGGAGUAUCAACCACAGCUCUGGAGCAGGGCUCGAAGUCUUCACGUGAUUCAGAUGUGGACGUAGUCCCCGCCGAAUCCAUUUCUCGAUAUCCCGACCUUCGACCUGAGCUCAGCUAUGCUCCUGAGUUGACUCAAGAGUUCGGGAAUAAUUAG